UUUUAUCCAUCUGUUUGCACCAAAAUUGAUAAUCUCUGUCAGACUCUGCUACAUAAAGAAAUAUACACUAUAAUCCGAAUACAGAAGAAUCUUCACCUCUCAACGACGGACAGAUAUGUUCGUCCCAAAUAGUCAAAACGCUAUAAGGAACCUUUAUACAACGGACAAUUACAUUUGUGCAAACAGUGUCUAUUAUAUGGAGGCUCCGAAGUAUCAGAUGAAGAUGAUUCAUCUAAAGAAUAUUUGAAUGUGUUCAAAUGUAUUUAGACAAGGACCAAGAGGAAUACAAAACUGUUCGAGUUAAUCAGAGUUUUCGGAGGUGAGAGUAACAGAAUUAUUCUAUGUAUAUAUUCGAUAAGGUUGCUCCCUUAGAGAGAAAAUAACAGAUGAGAGGCCAAAAGACCUCAAAACCUAAGAGAAAUUUUGCCGACAGAGCAUUCAUAGUCUUGUAAGGAUAAUUCGGCUCUGGUUGGAAGCUCCCAAAUCUUUUUAGUUUGAAGGUACAGUAUCCACACAUUACUCAAAGUUUCCGGCAUUUCGUUAUGUAGAUCCCUUAACUUUCCUCGAGUGAUUUAUUGGCAAUUAGUAAUUCGCUGUACUAGGGAUGCAAACAAUGUUACUAAGGACGCAUGUCCUGGUUGUUAUAUGAUAUACUCUACUUUUCACAAAGAAAUGCCCCAUCAGCCACAUAUUGUGGAAGCCUCUACUUCCGGAAGAUAAAGCGAAUAACGUUGCUAAUUUUGCUAGUAUAGUUUAAUCAACUCAGUGAAUCCAGAUCAAAAUACUCAGUGGAUUUGACCUUAUUUUGCAGAAAAUGUCUUUAAUGCCACAUUGUGACCGCUAUAUUAAUUAUAAUGGUUGGUAUCAAUUACAAUAGACCAUGAGCAAUAAAAUGCUGCCCAGUUUACUGGUUGUAUUUUGAUGGUUGUGAAUGACCUAUUGCAUGUAGUCGUUUUAAAAUGAAUAUUAUCAAACUGCCCGCAUAAGGAAAGAAUUAUAUGAGAAACAUUAUUUACUAAUUAGCAGUCUAACAGUGUCAUUCGACCAAGCAUGUGUUAACACCGAAGUCUUUCUACCUCAUCGUUUAAUCAAUCUUUUUCAAGAUCUAUGAGAAGCUUCAUAUUGGAAAAUCGAUCAGCUUCAAAAGAAGAAAUGGUGAAAAUGUCACAUAUACUCAGGUUGCUCUGGGUCUUCGCAUUGCUUAGUAACGGAAAGGCAAUGAUCCUGCGACUUCCAUGUCUAACCUUAGCAGAUUUCGCUGUUAUUAAAAGCAACUUUAUGCUUAAUGGUCAUGUGUUCAUGAAUCUCUCCGGAGUAGACGAUGUCGGCUGCGCAGUGAAGUGCACAGAGAAUCACAGAUGCAGGUCAUACAACAUACUGAUCGCCUCAAAGAUUUGUGAGCUCAGUGACCGUGCCUUCCGCGAUAAAUUCACCAACAACCUCACCGAGACUCACGGAUGGAUCUACAAGUCUACAGAUUAUAACAAAACAAAGGUUGGUCCAACCUGUGAACGCCUUAGACCUUGCGGAGACGAUGUUUUGUGCAGAGAAAAAUGCGAGCCUCCUUUCUACGAAUGCGUCCACUGCAGCAGUGGAUAUUACGGCCUUCAUUGCGACCAGCAUGAACCAAUAAAUGGAGGCUGGGGAGAAUGGGGACCUUAUGAUGAAUGUAGCAGGAUAUGCAGAGGAGGAACACGAAAGAGAGCUCGAAAAUGCGACAACCCAAAGCCUGCAUUUGGUGGUAUUGAUUGCUUUGGUGAUGCAGAAGAAAUCGCCAAUUGUAGUUGGAUUCCAUGUCCAGGAUUCACGGGAUGUGUCAGUCAAAACAGCGCAAGGACACCAGAAGGUUAUCAGCUAAACUAUCUUGUCGACGACGCCAUUCGCUGUGAAGGUAACAGCCCUUUCUUAAAGCGCUUUCGUUUUAAGAGACAUAAUGACAAUCAAUGGUUUAAUUCAUAUCAGUAUACAUGUUGCGAGCAGGCAGUGAACAACAUAACGAGGACAGUGGCAAACAGUACACCCAAGACCACGUACAGCACUCACUCAAAAGAGCUUACACAUUUAUCAAUAGACUGCGAAGGUGGUUUUCUAAUUGGCAUGAAACUUCAGCUGACAGAGAGCGGGACAAAAAUACACUAUGAUUACGAAUGUGCUGUUGUCACCAACCUUUUGUGGAAAGGUCAGAUAUUAUGCUUCAUGAAAUACACUCCAUGGCAAUAUAAUGGAAAUGGAAACAUCAUAUACCUUGAUCGACUUGAAGUCAAUUGUGACCAAGAAUAUGUUCUGCAACACGUUGAAUUAAGACUUAUGCCAGAGGACAGUUUUCAAUGGCGAUACGAGUAUAGAUGUUGUAAAAUUAAUUACUUAUAA